AGACCAGCUAAAGUCUUGCGUUUCCCCAGAUAUUCGCAUGUUUCUGAAAGAGCAUAACGUCUCUACUCUUGAUGAAGCAGCGCGGUUUGCAGACACUUGGGCUUCCGCUCAUGGAUCUUACCCGAAAUCGAACACCUGUCUUCAUAGAGAUUCCGUGAAAGGGUUGGUAAAUCCUCUCUGGUUGUACCUGCGGACUGCCGGAAGAUAAUUCUCAGUCUGGCGCAUGAAAGUCCACUUGCAGGCCAUUUCUCGCACCGCAAAACAGAAAUUAAGGUAAGGGAACAAUUUUAUUGGCCUGGAAUGGGUGCUGAUAUCAAAGACUACUGCAGAUCUUGUGAGAAAUGCCAGAGAAUGUCCAGUAAAGGUAAAAUAAAGCCAGCCCCAUUGCAGCCAAUACCUAUUGUGACUGAACCUUUUUCUCGCGUCGCGAUUGACAUUGUUGGACCAUUAACUCCUGCAUCUUCCCAAGGUCAUAAAUACAUCUUAACGUUAAUAGAUUUUGCCACCGGGUUCCCUGAUGCUCUCCCGUUAAAAGACAUUGAUUCGGUGUCUGUAGCUGAGGCUUUACUAGUGAUUUUCUCUCGGGUAGGCAUUCCUAGGGAGAUACUCUCAGACAGAGGCACACAGUUUACUUCCAAAUUAAUGGGUGAACUCCACAAGUUACUCGGUAUAAAGCCACUUUUCACAACUCCAUACCACCCAAGUUGUAACGGUAGGAUAGAAAGAUUCCACAGUACACUGAAGGCUUCCUUGAGGAAGUUGUGUAUAGAAAAACCAAAGGAGUGGCAUCGGUAUCUCAUACCUACUCUUUUCGCUUUGAGGGAAAUUCCGAGCGACCGUACAGCGUUUUCCCCUUUUGAGCUGCUUUAUGGUCGUACCGUGAGAGGGCCACUGUCAGUCCUGAGAGAUUUAUGGGAAAAUCCUAAUGUAAAUGAGGACCAGCGUUCUACGUAUCAGUAUGUUAUCGAAUUAAAAGAUAAAUUGGCUGACUGCGCCAAAAUUGCUGCUCAGAAUGCCGACAUCAGCUCAUCCAGAUAUCGCUCAUACUUCGAUCUAAAGUCACAGAAGAGACAUUUUAAGAAAGGUGAUGAGGUCUUAGUUUUACUUCCUGAUCGUACAAACAAAUUAUUGAUGGCCUGGAGGGGUCCAUUCCCUGUUCUUGAACAAAAGAACAAAGUAAAUUACUUAAUUGAUGAGAAGGGCACUCUCAAGCUUUAUCAUGUUAACCUACUUAAGAAAUAUUACCGUAGAAGCAAUGUAAGUAGAACACAUGCGUUAGAUGAAGUAACUGAUGUUGUAAAUAAUGCUCUUGAACCUUUCCAGACAGUCCAUAUGUGCUUAGUGGAAGAUGAUUCUGGGGGAAUGGAUGAACUACCUCUGACUACAGAUGGUAAAGUAGAUUCCGAUAAAAGUUCGGACUUAAAUUAUCAAAAUUUAUCUCCAGAUCUGAGUUCUCAGCAGAAAGCAGAUAUUCAAACUUUAAUUGAUUCUUGGACAGAUAUAUUUUCUGAUAUACCAGGGUGCACUUCAUUAAUUAAGCAUAAUAUUGAAUUAACUUCUACUGAGAUUAUAAGAGCUAAAAGAUACCCGAUACCCGUCCAUCUCCAGUCUCACUUCAGAGAAGAAGUAGAUCAAUUAUAUGAACAAGGCAUUAUAAGACUGUCCUCUUCACCCUAUUGUUCUCCAGUAGUAAUGGUUAAGAAAGCCGAUGGGACAUACCGCAUGGCUAUUGAUUUUCGGGCAAUUAAUUCGAUCACUGUAUUUCACGCUGAACCAUCCUGCACUGUGGAGGAAGAAUUGUUUAAGUUUGCAGGAGCACAAUUCUUUUCAGAAAUAGACUUGACGAAAGCAUAUUAUCAGAUUCCACUUUCAGAGAGUGCUAUGCCUUUAACAUCUUUUCCUACCCACAGAGGCCUGAUGGAAUUCACGAGACUCCCCUUUGGCUUAGUGACAGCAGGUGCUACGUAUAUUCGACUCAUGAGAUUGGUAUUAACUGGACUGAGUAACAUUGCCUUUUAUUUUGACAAUAUUUUCAUAUAUAGUAGUACAUGGAAAGACCAUAUGAAAGCAUUAGUAAAUGUCUUGGAACGUUUAAGAAAGUACAACUUGACAGCCAGAUUGUCAAAAUGUAGAUUUGGUUUUCCUUCAGUUGAAUAUUUGGGAUUUAUUGUUGAUGGACUGAGUUUAAAACCUCAGUACAAUAAAAUUGAGGCACUACUUAAGGUACCCUUACCUAAGACUAAGAAGGCUUUGAGGAAAUUUCUCGGGAUGAUUUCGUUUUAUAGAAUGUUCAUACCUAAUGUUUCAAACCUCACAAGUCCCCUAUCAGAUAUGCUCAGAUAG